AGUAGCAGCUCAAUUAUAAAGUAGGAGAAUAAAGCACACAUGGGAUAUUGGGGAUAUAGAGAGACAUAGAGACACAGAUAUAAUAUUAUAUACUAGCUGUACCUUAAUUGAAACACUUUUUUUUCUGUGGGGCCUUAAUAAUUCUAAUUGGCCAGUUCUCCAAAACCCCUAACUAUUUAAGACCCUCUUUCUACACCAAUUAGCACACACACCAUAUUCCCUCAAGUCAAGCAAUUCUUCUAUCUCACUCUGAGUAGUUAGUACUACUCACUCUUAUUGGCUAUUAUGGCUUCCUUAGUUGUAGUCAUGGUGUUAUUGGGAGCCUUCAUUGGUCAUCAUCAGGCCACAGAGGCAGCUCGAGCAUUUUUUGUGUUCGGUGACUCUCUUGUUGACAAUGGCAACAACAAUUAUCUGGCCACUACAGCCAGAGCUGAUGCUCCUCCUUAUGGUGUGGACUACCCUACUCAUCGCCCCACUGGCCGUUUCUCUAAUGGCUUCAACAUUCCUGACUUUAUCAGCCUGAAAAUUGGUUCAGAACCAACAUUGCCUUACUUGAGUCCAGAGCUCACUGGUGAAAAGCUACUUGUUGGUGCAAACUUCGCCUCAGCUGGUAUUGGAGUCCUAAACGACACUGGCGUUCAGUUUAUAAACAUAAUCAGAAUGUACAGACAAUUCCAGUACUUCCAGCAAUACCAGCAAAGAGUUGCUGCCCUUAUAGGAGAAGAACAGGCUAAGCAACUGGUUAACCAAGCACUUGUUCUAAUCACAGUUGGUGGCAAUGAUUUUGUCAACAACUAUUACUUAGUCCCUUUUUCUGCUAGAUCUCGCCAAUAUGCUCUACCCGAUUAUGUCACAUAUGUCAUCUCUGAGUACAGAAAACUUCUUUUGCAACUGUAUGAUCUUGGAGCCAGGAGGGUUUUGGUGACUGGGACUGGACCACUAGGCUGUGUUCCAGCAGAAUUAGCCCUGAGAAGUAGUAACGGCCAAUGCUCGGCUGAGCUUCAAAGAGCAGCUGGGUUGUUCAAUCCCCAACUCAUUGAGAUGAUUAAGGGACUCAACAGUGAACUUGGUGCUGAUAUCUUUAUUGCUGUCAACACACAACAAACUCAUUAUAAUUUUAUCACUAACCCUCAAGCAUUUGGAUUUGUGACAUCAAAGGUGGCUUGUUGUGGACAAGGACCUUAUAAUGGGCUAGGGCUUUGCACGGCUGCCUCUAACUUGUGCCCAAACAGAGACAUUUAUGCGUUUUGGGAUGCAUUUCAUCCAUCUGAGAGGGCCAAUAAAAUGAUUGUUGACCAGAUUCAUACUGGCUCUACUGAAUACAUGUAUCCCAUGAAUCUUAGCACUAUUAUGGCUUUGGAUUCAAGGGUUUGAUCAUCUUCAAUUUUCAAGAUCAAACUCUCUCUCUCUCUCUCUCUCUCUCCCUAUUAUUAUUUUACUAGCUACUUUAAUUUCAUAUAUUUAAUAUAUUAUUGAUCACUAUAUUUCGAUCGAUUAUGCAUGAGAGAUCACUUUGUUUGGACUCUAGCUAGCUACUACUUUUAAUAUAUAUAUAUUAGUACGUACGUUGUGCAUGCCAUAGUUUUGAGAGAAAACUAUUACUAAUGCUUGUGAUAUUCAUAUCAUAUAUAUUUACCGAAAUUUGAGGGUUAAUAUAUGAUAUAUAGUUUGGGAUGAUCAAAAUGUACGUAGAUCUAGUGUGUGUGUGUCCAUUAGUAUUAUUAUUAUUUUGUAAUUUGGUUGAUGAAAAAAGUUUGAUCCAUCAACCAAUCUUUAAUAUUAUUAUUAAUUAUUAUUAUUACCA